GGACUCGACACGGGGACGGAUGGACGGGCUUUUCCGACUUUUUCUUCGCUGAUUUUCCCUUUUCCCCACUAGUGAUUUUCCGGCGGCCGUGCGCUCGCUCAGUCUUGUCGACUAGGGCGUGUGGAGUUAGUCCAAGAAAAGGCUCAUGCGGGCGGAUGCGACCACCACCUCGCCGAGAAUUCCUGCAGCCGCUCUUUUCAGCCGCUGCGCACACCGCAUAUAGACGCCUGCCUGCGCUCAACAUGGUCUCGCUGCGAUCCCGAAGCACUGCCGCGGCAGAGCCGGCUGCACCGCCGCCGAAGAAGACGACGACGCUGGGACAAUCGUUUCGCGGCGGCAAGGCGUCCGUCUCGUCGUCUGCGGCCUCCCGCCGUAAGAAGCCGGCUGGAGAGGAAGCUGCCGUCGAGACCAAUGGCAAGAAGAAGCGCCAAGUGGCAGAAGAAACAGCGCCGCCGGUGGUGAGCAAUGGCAAGGCGAAGCGGGCCAAGGUCGAGCCGGCCAAGGAGGAAGAAAAGGAGGAGCGCGCGCUGCUGAGUCGCGACGAGGUCAAGGAGGCCACGACGAUUGCAUACCCGGUCCUGUCCUUUGACCUCGACCACGCACGGAGGCAUCUCAUCAACACAGAUGUCCGCUUCGCCCCGCUCCUGGACAAUAUCCCACUGAGGACGUACGAAGAAGUGGCGCGGGGUACGAUCCGGGAGCUGGACCUCUUUCGCACCCUCUCGUCGUCGAUCCUUGGCCAGCAGGUUUCGUGGCUCGCCGCGCGCGCCAUCAUCUACCGCUUCUGCCGCCUCUUUUUCCCCGACCGGCUGCCCGAGAAGCCCGACUUUGAAAAGACGCCGCGCGACUCGCUGCCGUUUCCCAACCCGCUCGACGUCUGCGAGGCCUCCGACGAGACGGUCCGGAGCGCAGGCCUGAGCUGGGCGAAGGUCAAGUACGUCAAGGAUGUCGCGAGGAGAUUUUCUGAUGGUCGCCUCGACGCGCGCAAGAUCGUCGAGCUCGGCGAGGAGGAAUGCAUCAAGCAGCUCGUCGAGAUCAAAGGUGUCGGCAGAUGGACGGCCGAGAUGCUGCUGAUGUUUGCGCUGCGCCGGCCCGACAUUCUUCCCGUGGGCGAUCUGGGUGUUCAGCGCGGCAUGGUCCUCUUCCACCUCGCAGGCCGGGAAGGACCGUCGAUCAACAAGCGCAAGAAGAAAGCAAAGGGGAACGACGAAGAGGGAGAAGGCGAGGGAGAGGAGGAGGAGGAAAAGAAGCAAGAGGCAUGGGAGCGCGAAGAGGGCGACAACAAGGUGGCCAAGUCACUCGCGACCAUCGGCGAGACGACAAUGACCGAGUCCCAGGUCCAAGUCGAAGAGCAAUUCUCGCAGCAAAACCAACAGCCAACGGGGCCCUACGUCUCGCCGGAGCCGAGCGACGAGGCAAAGGUGUUUGAAGUGGCCCGUCAGCGGCAGAACGAGGGCAUGCAGCCCCUGCCCACUGAGCAUGGCAUCACCCAGGCCCUGCUCAAGAGCCGCAAAGACGGGAAAAAGGCAAAGGGAAACGUGUACUUGACACCCGCCGAGAUGGAGCAGCUGGCCAAGCCCUGGGCCCCAUACCGGUCUGUGGCCUGCCUGGUGAUGUGGGCCAUCGUCGACUAGGCCGCGUGCUCUCUAUGCUCUACUCGAAUCUUACUGGACGUUUCAAAGUCAAUAUGGACAUGUAGAGGAGAGAGACAAGGAAAUGGCAUUUGCAAGGAGAAAUGUUAAUAGUCGAG